CGGUCUUCGUUCAUGAAGUCAUUGUCGUUAUUCUGAUUGUUUUCCAUCUUGAGUUCAGAAUGGGUGUAUGAGAUGCAGGCGGGGUUGUCACCGUGACUGCAUGCUGGACGUACGAAGGCCAAAGCCAUAACAAGAGGCCUGACAUCAUCAAUUAUCUUGUAGACAGCCAAUUUCUCGAGGAUAUCAGUUCGUGAGCAGGAAGAAAGCGUUGGAAACGAAUCAAUGGAAUCAUCUACAGAUGCCUCGUCUUCUUACGCGGGCUCCGAUCACCGCCGAGACAAUGAAGAAUGCGUCAAUGCAGUCGCGGAAAUGCUUUCGGAGCAGCUGUCAACGGCAUUUGAUACUCUUGCACUGGACAAGGCCAUUGCGAUACAAGCUCAGACUUCUGGACUCGUCAACGGAUGUAUGCACGAAUUGACGUCUCUACAAGAAGAAAGUCAAAAGAAAUUAGCAACUACGAAGGCCAAAUUCUCUGAACAUGUCAACAUUGCACGCCAGGUUAGAAAGGAUCUGGACGCUCUGCAGAAAUCUAUCAGAGUUCUGCAAAGGAAAAUGAAGAAUUCUCAUCCGAUAGAGUAUGCUGCGGCCAAGGACAACCAUCCUGACCCCGACGAGGCGUGGGAUUAAGGUUACUUUCCCACAACGUAGGCAUACCCAGCCAGGUUCCGCAAUCUACGCUGCCAUGAUUCGCUUCACAUCCAUCAACAUACCAGGUACAGCUACACCUGCAGGAGACGACGGAUUCGGCAAAAGGGGACAUGUUCGGGAUGAACUCGAUCGGAUAUACAUGAAGGGCAGACGGACGGAUGACAUCGGGGCCGAUCAUGACCGGACAAAGCCCCAGGGCGUGAAC